CUUAACUCGCAUAUCUCCCAAAAUUAGGCUACCUAACCUUCCCUAUAAAAACCCUCCCCAGCAACUAUGUUUCAUCAGACAGAGUUUGGAUGAGGAUCUCAUUGAUUUGCAGUAGGAAUGUCUGAGGACAAACUUAAACUGUUGUCCUGCCACUUUACUUGGGACUUGCAAAAGGAAGAUGCUGACCUUAACUUUCUCGAAGUGAAAGUUCGUGAGAGACUGGCAGUGAAGUGCGAGUGUGGAGGAAAACUGAAACAAAGAGAAUUCAACUUUUUGGCCUUUAUUAAGCAUUUACAAGGAUUUAACGAUGAGGCGCUUAAGAACCUGCAACUAGCAAAGAAGGAACAUCCGGACAAUGACAGCAAUGUGAUUGUGACGUAUGGAAACUUGGCCUGGGUGCACCGUCUCAUGGGAAAUGUGACGGAGGCUGAGACUUACACAGAGAAAGUGCAUGAAAUCCUUAGAGCUUUCCCUGCUCCGUCUCCAGCAGAGCUUCACAGAGAAGUUCAGAGCGAAAAAGCCUGGUCGCUUCUCAAGUUUUCUAGAAAGACCUACAUCAGGGCCAAGGAGAGUUUCCUUGAAGCUUUACAGAAAGAGCCGGAUGACAAGGAAUGGAACACAGGCUUUGCCUUUUCUCUGUUCCGUCUGGAGGGACUGAAGAUUGGUCAGUACAAGCGUGUACGGUUUGAAGAGUCUCCUGCUGUGCUCCAGUUGAAGAAAGCUCUGAACCUGGACCCGGAGAAUGCAAUGAUCCAUGUGUAUCUGGGGCUUAAGUGUUACAAGAACACAAAGAACGGAAAUAACGCAGAAGCAUGGCAAUACAUGACGCAAGCGCUCGCCAUGGCUCCAGAUAACCUCAGCGUUGUUCUGCAUGUUGCAAAGUUCAUGAAGAAAGAGCAGUGUUAUGACAAGGCCCUGAAAGUGUUGCUGGAAAUGCUGAAGAAAGCACCCGACUCGUCUCGUUUACAUCAUGAGAUUGCCAACAACUACCGCUGGAAAGCCAUGCAGAUGAAUGACGUACACAAUCCGGAGCUGCUGGGCCUUUGCAUUCACCACUUAGAGAAGGGUACCACUUUAAACCCAGGCUACAUAUACCCACAGCUGGAGUUAGCACUGAGGUAUGCAGAGCAAAAGGAGAUGGCUAAAGCAGAGCAGAAGUUCACCGAGCUGUUUGCCCUCCCUGACCUGAAGCCAGCUGACCGUCAAGCCUGGCAUCGCAUGUAUGGGGAUUUCAAGCAGUACAGGUUGGGCUCAGAGAGAGCUGCGGUGGAGCAUUAUAAACAAGGAAUGAUGCUGGGGCGAGUGUCCAGCGAAUGGAUGGCAUGCAGAAACAGACUGAGGAAAGUCCUUCAGCAUGACAGACGGGACACAUAUGAGAUCCGGAUGUUCUUUCAUUCCUUUAAAACAGAGAACCAAGAUGAUUAAGAGAGAUCAAUUCAAUCUCUGUUCAAGUUCCUGUCGUAAUCUUCAGUCACGUAAUGAUCAUAGCAAUAGUUCUGCUGUUUCCUUUUUGAUCCACUGAGUGUUAGCAGAGUUAUAUAUAUAAGUGUAUUAUUUUUACAGUAUAUAAUCUGUUUUUCCAAAUGUUUAUUAUAAUCAAUUGUCAGGUAGAUGACGAUAACCAGCCAUUUGUGUAAAGACAUUAACAUAAUGUAGUCUUUAAGUGUCUUUUCAAGUUAAACCUCAAUUUGUACACACAUGUAAUGCAGUUUUUCAUGAUGCCCCCCCCCCUCCCUUAUGCCUCUUUAUGAUGCACUGAUGACUGAAUGUAUCAAAAUUGAAGGAAAUAUUGAAAAUUAUCAGUGGUUUUAGUUGUUCCAACAUCUAAAAUAUGAUGAAUUAUGUUGAUAAA